AAUUCCUUCCUUGUAAUGAAGACAGCGUGAUAAUAAAGACAAGUCCCACAACUAUAGAAACACACCAUCGUCUUCCUACGAUUAGGGUUUUGUUUCUGGAUUCUUGAGUUGCCAGAACACCAGUAGCCUAAUGAGAUGAGAAACGAGUAAAAUAAAGCAAAUCCCAUCUCAAAGCCGCACAGAUUUUGCCUCUCCAACAUACGGGUUCGCUCAAAAUCUCAUCUUUUGAUUCAAAAAAAUCAUCAGAGCCUCAAACAUCUUCGCGGUUUUGGGUUUAGGGUUCAAGGAACAUUGCAGAUUUAUAAAGGGAAAUUGCUCUGAAAUAAUCAUCCUUUCAAUCGUCAUAUCUGAUUCCAGACACUCCGAUCCAUCAAAAACAUAUUUUUUCUUUCUCAAAUUUCCUUAAUUCUAGAGGAGAUGGCGAACAAGAGGCCAGAAUUUCAAGUGUACAACAGUAUGACGAAGCAAAAAGAGAUCUUUAAGCCCAUAGUUGAGGGCAAAGUCGGAAUGUAUGUUUGCGGCGUUACCUCUUACGACCUUAGUCAUAUUGGCCACGCGCGUGCCUACGUUGCCUUCGAUGUUCUCUACAGAUAUCUGAAAUAUUUGGGCUACGAGGUUGUUUAUGUGCGCAAUUUCACUGAUGUUGAUGACAAGAUUAUUCGUAGAGCGAAUGAGGUUGGGGAGGAUUCUAAAGCACUAAGUGGGCGGUUUUGCCAAGAGUUUCUCAAUGACAUGGCUGAUCUCCAGUGCCUUCUUCCUACCCACCAGCCACGUGUUACUGAUCAUAUGCAGCAAAUCAAGGACAUGAUAGCUCAGAUUAUCAGCAACGGUUGUGCUUAUGCGGUUGAUGGAGAUGUUUACUUCUCUGUUGAUAAUUUCCCAAAAUAUGGUCUUUUAUCGGGACGGAAGCUAGAAGACAAUAGAGCUGGGGAACGAGUUGCUGUUGAUGACAGAAAGCGAAAUCCUGCUGAUUUUGCCUUGUGGAAGGCGGCAAAGCCUGGUGAGCCGCUAUGGGACAGUCCAUGGGGUCCCGGAAGACCUGGAUGGCACAUAGAGUGCAGUGCCAUGAGUGCUCAUUACUUGACACAUACAUUUGAUAUUCAUGGUGGUGGGAUGGAUUUGAUUUUUCCUCAUCAUGAAAAUGAGAUUGCUCAGAGUUGUGCUGCUUGCUCAGAGAGUAAAGUUAAUUACUGGAUACAUAAUGGUUUUGUUACAGCAAAUGAUGAGAAAAUGUCUAAAUCCCUGGGUAACUUUUUCACCAUUCGUGAGGUUACAAAAUUAUACCACCCACUUGCAUUGAGGCAUUUCCUGCUGGGGACUCACUACCGUUCUCCUGUCAAUUAUUCAAUAUCACAGAUAGAAAUUUCUUCAGAAGCAGUUUUCUAUAUAUAUCAGACUUUGCAAGAUUGUGAAGAUGCAAUAUCCGCACUGAAAGAAGAAAGUGCAACAAACGCCAAAGUCCGUGUCAGCCCUGCCGCUCAAGAUUGCAUCAGUAAGCUGCAUAAUGAGUUUGAAGUGAAAUUAGCUGAUGAUUUGCACACACCGACAAUCCUGAAUGCUGCUCUUCAAGAAGCUCUGAGAUUUGUCAACAGUUCUGUGAACAUGCUUAAGAAGCAGCAGAAGCUGCAGCAGUUAUCCACUGUUAAGUCUCUUGUUGAUUUAGAGAAACAAGUUAGAGAAGUCCUGGAUGUUCUCGGAUUGCUUCCCAGUUUGAGUUAUGCGGAGGUUUUGCAACAACUGAAAGAUAAAGCUCUGAAAAGGGCGGGAUUGACUGAAGCUGAAAUUUUGCGUGCGAUUGAGGAUAGAAUGCAAGCCCGGAAAAACAAAGAGUUCUCAAGAAGUGAUCAGAUCAGGAGCGAUCUUGCUGCUAAGGGAAUUGCCUUAAUGGAUGUCGGAAAGGAAACUGUUUGGAGGCCUUGUGUUCCAGUGCAACAAGAGCAGCCAGGCACGCCAGCUCAACAGGAGAAACCUGGCGUUCCAGGUGAACAACAGAACCCUCCGCCUGCUGAAAAGCCUCAGUCCAUUGUACCAGCUGAUAAACAGCAGUCGAUAACUAGCUAACUUAACUUGUGAACUAGGUAAGUAAUAUCAACAGGUGACACAAUGUUAAAACUGUAACUUUGAGUUGCUUUUUAUGUUAUGACAAGAUCUUUGUGUCGGUGGGUCUUUACCGAGUUUUUCCCUUGCCCUGGAACCUUGAUGGAGGGCCAAGAAGCUCACUGAUUGUUACAAAAUUGAAGUUCUAUUAUUGUUACAGAGAAAAUAGUAUCACUAAAAUCUCCUAUGACA